CUCUCCAGAUAAGCUGUUUCAGCCCAACAUCUCUGUGUCCUCCUCCAUGUACGGGGUCUCCGGGGCCCAGCAGCAGGGGUUCCAGGUGUUCAGAGGCUCCACCUUCACCAUCAGUUGCUCCAUCCAGCCUCAGUACCCAGGAGGCUCCUUCCUGCUCAGCUACACCUCCAUCAACUCAGCAAACAACUACACCCAGCCAGCUGUCAAUCACUCUGCCCACUUCCUGUUCCCAGCUGCAGAGCCCGCCCACCAGGGAAGCUACAGCUGUGUUUAUCACGUCUCUGCUUUUUCUCAGGACUUCUCCUCUGAGAGCCGUCUGCUCUCCGUCACCGUCACAGGACUCCAGGCUGAAGGAGAACACAACUCAACAGAGCCUGGUGUUAGGCUGGUGGGAGGAGAGAGUCGCUGUGCAGGAGACCUGGAGCUGGAACAUGAGGGAGAAUGGAGACCAGUGGAGGGCUACUCUCUCUGGACCCUGAAGACAGCAGGAGUCGUCUGCAGAGAUCUCGACUGUGGCUCUGCUGUUUCUGUGGGACAUAGAGAGGGGUCCUCAGAGAGACCUGUGUGGUUCAUCAAAUCCUACUGUGUUGAGUCUGGAUCUGCUCUGAGGGAGUGUGCAGUAUCAAGUUCCUCUAAACACAUCCUGAAUGUCACCUGCUCAGACUCUGUCAGGCUGCUGGGGGGGACUGGUCUGUGCUCAGGCAGACUGGAGGUGAACUCUGACCCGUCUAACCCGUCUAACCCGUCCUGGUCCUCAGUGUGUGAGGCUGACUUUGACCAGCAGGAUGCUCAGGUGGUCUGCCGGCAGCUGGGCUGUGGGGCUCCUUCAGUCCUCCAGGGGGCGCUCUAUGGAGAAGGGGAGGCUCCAAUGUGGACCAAAGAGUUCCAGUGUGGAGGCCAUGAGUCUGCUCUCCUGGACUGUAGCUCAGCCUCAGAGAGAAACACCUGCUCACCUGGCACAGCUGUUAGCCUCACCUGCUCAGAGCCUGGUGGUGUUCAGCUGGUGGGAGGAGAGAGUCGCUGUGCAGGAGACCUGGAGGUGGAACAUCAGGGAGAAUGGAGACCAGUGGAGGGCCGCUACUCUCUCUGGACCCUGAAGACAGCAGGAGUCGCCUGCAGAGAGCUCGACUGUGGCUCUGCUGUUUCUGUGGGAGAGAGAGAGGAGUCCUCAGUGAGAUCAGUGUGGUGGAUCAGAUCUCUCUGUGUUGAGUCUGGAUCUCCUCUGAGGGAGUGUGUAGCAUCAUCUUCCUCUCUCCACUUCCUGACUCUCACCUGCUCAGGAGCUUUAUUGGCAUGAAAGUUAAACGAAACA